AUGGAGGGCAGGAUUGCAGCACUCGAAGACGCCAAGAGACAGCACAACCUCAAGAUUCGGAAUGUUCCUGAGGACAUCACAGGUACAGAAGUCCCUCAUUACAUCUGACGCCUACUGAACUACAUACUGUCGCCAUCUAAGGCUAAAGCAAUCUCGGUGGAGAACUAAUUCUGGAUCCCAAAACCAGCUAAAGCCCCGGAUAGGGUUCCUAGAGACUUGCUAAUAUGCUUCCAGUCCAUGCAAAGUAAGCAGCUGGUACAGGCAGCGGUUCACAACACACCAACGUACCGUUUUGAGGGUGCCGACCUCUCCUUCUUUAAUGACCUGUCUAGGUCCACCAUGGAAUGGCGACAAUCUCUACGUCCUAUCACUCAGCAUCUGCGGGACCACGCAGUGGCUUACCGCUGGGGCCCUGGCCGCAAACUAACGAUGCUCCACGACGGGAAGAGAAUCCAGCUACAGCAACAGUCAGAAGCAGGGAAGUUCCUCAGCGCAAUGGGACUGCCUACACCAGAGACCAUACAAACAUCUAUCUCGGGCACAGACCUCCAACCCUUGGCCCAGAUGUGGGACAUAUGUAAAGUCCGGCCUUUCUACCCUAAAAUUAGACCAGCAGCGGGGGAACCGAACUUGGCAGGCACCUGA